CCACAGCAUGGUGACUGAAACAGAUCAGUUGGUACCUUGUCUGUUGGGUGGACGGUUGGCAUGUCAAUAACAGUAGUUACUGUUCUCUUUAUAUUUCGAAGCGAAAGAGCUAAACACAAAUAUUGAAUGUGUAUCGUUUAGAGUUUUUUUGCGUUAUGUAUUGUAUUAACUUAUUUUUUCUGUUCACUCUUUGCUGGCGUGUGGUCUCGGUUGCUUCAGAUGGCAGUGUCACAAAAGCAAAUGAAUCGACAUCUGAUGCAUUCCAGAAUUCGUCAGUAUCCAGUCCUGAAAGUGAGAAUCAUUCCACAACAUCACCUCCAGAUAUAUUUCAUUUCGAAAACGGGCCUCUCAUUUUUUUAGACAAAAUGCUUCGCAAAUAUGACAGAAGGGCUUGGCCUUCCUAUGGAACACAUAAACCGACAGUAGUUUCAGUCAAUAUGUAUGUCAAUAGCUUAGGUUCAAUAAAUGCUGCAAAUAUGAAAAAGAAUAUGAAACAAGGUAUAACUGGAUGUUCGAAUCAAGAUAUUGAAGAAUGUAUGAACGAGGAAAUAGAAGAAUUUUCAGGUCGAGAUUUAGAGGAAUUCGGUAUGGACAUUUACUUGAGGCAAUCAUGGUACGAUCCAAGAUUGGGAUUAUCACGAUAUGGAAUAAAUCAUGUCGUUACUUUGAAUGGUCAAGGCGUUAUAGAAAAUAUAUGGCAACCAGACUUAUUUUUCAGAAAUCUGAAAGCAGCAAAAUUUCACACGGUAACUGUUCCUAACAAACUGGUAAGACUGUCACCAAAUGGAACAGUACUCUAUAGCAUGAGGUUGACACUUCGUUUAUCAUGUCACAUGACAUUCCGUCAGUAUCCACUGGAUGCGCAAAGAUGUUGGGUAGUACUUGGCUCUUAUGCUCAAACUACAGAUCAAGUACUAUUUAAGUGGAAAGAUGAGAAUCCAAUUACUAUAGAAAACGAUAUUGAGCUACCUGAAUUUGACAUGAUACCACAGCCUCCUGGAGCUUUUAAAAGAGAAAUAGAUACGGGUUCUUUCAGUUUCCUAAAUGUAAGCUUUGUUUUUGUUCGGCAAAAUGGAUACCAUUUAGUUCAAACGUACCUUCCAACAUUUUUGAUUGUCACGAUUUCUUGGGUAUCAUUCUGGCUGCAUGUAGAUGCAACUCCUGCAAGGGUAACUCUGGGAGUGACAACUUUGCUAACUUUAACUACUGUUGCCUCAGGAGUUCGGACUCAGCUACCUCCAGUGUCUUACGUGAAAGCAAUUGAUGUCUGGAUUGGAGCUUGCUCUGUUAUGGUUUUUGGAGCUUUACUAGAAUUCACGUUGGUUAACUACUUAUCCAGAUGGAAAAGCAAACGCAAUGAAACAAAGAAUGGACUCAAAAGCAUUGGAAAAAAUAAGCAAGUUUUGGAGCUUUAUAAAAGCGAUGAAGAAAAACAUCAAGUGCAGCUUGAAGAUAAUAAAGAAAGUGCUGCAGAAAUGGAAAAGAAAGCAUGCGUAAAACGAGCCUUAACUGUUGAUCGCACAUCUAGAGUACUGUUUCCAUUAAUAUUCUUCAUCUUCAAUGUGGCAUACUGGGUUUACUACCUCCACCUUUCCAGACCAAUAUUUAUUUAACCUUGUGUACCAUAUUCCUUCUGUUUUCUUCAGAAUUUUAGAAAAAAAAAAUGUUUGAACACAUUUUAGAUAUUUAUAGAUUUUUACUCAAAAGAAAAUAAGGAUUUUUUCCGUUACAAAGCAACAUACGUUACAUUACAACAUACAUACAAUAUACAUUACAGAAAGUUACAUGCGCCUAUUUGUUAAAGCCCCAAAAGGCAUACUUUAGUCACAGUCUCCUUCCGACUGAGGUAAGUUGUUUAAAAACAUAAAAACUAUUAAUUAUUUGAAUAAACAAACGACGAAAUAGAAUGAUACACUUUAAAAAAAUAUUGACUUUAUUUCUUUUGAAAAUAAGAAUAGCGUAUUAAAGAAUAAUCAUUUAAUUCUACAGUGGCCAAUAAGCAACGUUAGCGCAUUUAUCUUUGAAUAGGAAAUUGUUUAGCACGAUUAUCCUGUAACUGCAAAGUUCCAAAAGUAAUUAAUAUAUCAAAACUGUUUGUGCACAAGUUUCUCGUCUUUGUAUAAAUAUUUGUUUUUUUA